AUGUUUGACGGUCAUUUUAAAAACAUUACCAGGCCACAACAACAUACUCGGUAUGGUUUAUACCUGUGGUAUGUAGGGGCGAUGAUAUUUAAAAAGUUAGCAACAAAUAGAGAUGAUAUCGGCGAGUACCGCACUACCGCGUCGCCGAGUGGCGACAGGCGAGUAAAACGGAAAACACGGCGACCUAACGUGCUAAAUUCCUAA